AGAAACUUGGGUGAUAUUUCUUAUUAAAUGCAUAGACUGGGUGCUUGGUGAAAGCUUAUACUGGACCACAUCUAUAUAAACAAAUCUCUUUGACUCAUUUCAGGGGACAGAAACACCCCUUGAUCAAAUCCACUGCAAAUUUCUCUGUAAACUCUACAAGCAACUUCUUGUUUCCAAGAAAUGGAUUGGAUGGGUCCUAUUUCUGUGUUGUUCCUGUUUGCCCUUACACUUGCAUUCCUUUGGGAACGGAAGAAUUUCUGGAAGAGCCGUAGCCAAAAGCUCCCACCAGGACCACGCCCAUUACCACUUAUUGGAAACCUCCACCUACUGGAUCUGAAGAGGCCUCACACAACCAUGAUGAAGUUCUCUAAGCAGUACGGCCCUGUCUUCAGCAUCCAAAUGGGAACCCAGAAAAUGGUCAUUCUGGCAGGCUACAAGACUGUGAAGGAAGCUUUGGUGAACCAGGCAGAUGCCUUUGCGGACAGGCCCGUGAUGCCAGCGUUUGAAGACCUUGAACACGGCAAUGGUGUUGUUUUUGCUAAUGGAGAGAACUGGAAAGUGAUGAGACGAUUUACGCUAACCACGUUAAGGGACUACGGAAUGGGCAAGAAGACCAUAGAAGACAAAAUUGUUGAGGAGUGCCACUUCCUAAUACAGAAGUUUGAAUCUUUUAAAGGGAAACCGUUUGAGACUACUAUGAUUAUGAAUUCUGCUGUUGCCAAUAUUAUAGUAACAAUAUUACUUGGCAAGCGAUUUGAAUAUGAAGAUCAAACAUUUAUAAGAUUACUGAAUUUGAUGAAUGAAAACAUCCGCCUCAUGGGACAGCCCUCAGUCAUGCUAUACAACAUGUUCCCUGCUCUGGGUUUUCUUUUUGGUGGUCUCAAGUCUGUCCUUAAGAACAGGGAUAAACUGUACGACUUCAUACAGGCCACCUUCAUCGAACACCUCAAAGAACUGGAUGUGAAUGACCAGAGGAGCUUCAUCGAUGCUUUUCUAAUCCAACAGCAAGAGGAAAAGAACAAGAACCAGAGCAAUGCAUUUUUCCACAAUGAAAACCUAAAAGCUCUUGUGGAAAACUUAUUUGGCGCUGGCAUGGACACCACUUCGACUACCUUGCGUUGGGGCCUGUUGCUGAUGAUGAAGUACCCUGAAAUUCAGAAGAAAGUGCAAGAAGAAAUAACAGAAGUGAUCGGAUCAGCUCAGCCGCGGAUAGAACACCGAGCAAAAUUGCCCUACACAGAUGCGGUGAUCCACGAAGUUCAGAGGUUUGGUAAUAUUUUCCCUAGUGGAGUGCCACGUGCCACCAAUGCAGAUGUCACUCUUGGAGACUACUUCAUCCCAAAGGGAACACUUAUCAUCCCAUUAUUGCACUCAGUGCUGUACGAUGAAUCUGAGUGGGAGAAACCCUUUAAAUUCUAUCCUGAGCACUUCCUUGAUGCUGAAGGAAAGUUUGUUAAGAGAGAGGCUUUCCUACCUUUCUCUGCAGGUCGGCGAGUGUGUGCUGGAGAGACCCUUGCCAAAAUGGAGCUCUUCCUCUUCUUUGUGAGUCUCCUGCAGAGAUUCACUUUCCAACCAGCCCCUGGGACUUCUAAAGAAGAUCUGGACCUGACUCCUGUAGUUGGGCUCACAGCACCUCCAAUGGCCUUCAGAAUCUGUGCUUUGCCGCAUUCUUAACAUCCCACCAUGCUU